ACGAGCACAGUGUCUGCACAGCACUUCACCAACGCAGCUGACUGGCUUUGGCUCUCGAUUCGUUGCCGCACUAUGAAGUACGCGUUGCUCCUAAGCGUCCUGGUUGCCUGUGCCGUGGCACAAAAAGACUACAACAGAGGCUACUUCCAGUACGCCAACGUCAAGGGUGCAAAAGAGUACGAGCACGGGUACAACAGAGGCAACCCGCAGCACUUCCGUACUCAUCACCAAAGGAACAAGGACCACACCUUCCAAGCCAAGAUGACCUGGGGCGACUACGUGGGCGGCCACGGCGAACACUACUUCGAGUACAACCACGGACCUAAGUCAGCGGCUUACGAGAAGCCGGCCCCAUAUGCGCCCCGACCUUACCUGCCGUACAAGCCUGCCUACAACUGAAUCGUACGCGACUGUCGGAACACCACGUGUCUUUCAUACCCGCCGUCCAGUCGCCUGAUGGUUGUCAUCUUUGAGUGACGUAGCCUGUAUGGUGUAACUCCCGUGGCGAGGCCCGGGAGCUAGCCAUGGACGUGGAUCUGGCCGUUUGUUGCUUUAUUUUGUGCGCGGUUAGGUACAUGUUUGUUCUGUUGAACGUCUUAAUCCGGCGUGCUCGGUGUUACACAUCACAUCUAGUCUUCCAGCGCAUGUUUGACGUUGGUGUUUUAUCGGCUGGAAGCAUGUGUGCUGCUUUGUAAUAAAUA